UUGGCAACAUAGCUUCUGCUGCAGUAGCACAGACAUAAGUCGGGCGGGCACUUUGUUGUAGGCUCAUCACGCGGGAUCCACAGCUUUUCCCAUGUCAUCUUUCCUUCUUCCAUGAUUCUAAAAUAUCCACAAACCUCAUGUCCGUUCAUCUGCUUCUGUGUCCCUCUAGCUCAACAGGAUAGAGCAUCAGAGAUACAUGGAACUAGAUUCCUGUGCAAUGUAGCUUUAGGAGAAUCGCUCCUUGCGCAGAGAAUAGAAUCUACUUCUUCUGAGGUUGUGAGUUCGAGCCUCGCGCGGGGUGUAAUAAUUGACCAUCGUUUUUCACAUCCUUGCAAUGGACCAAUGCAUAAUAACCAACCCGCCCACCAGACAUCGACAUCUUUCGGGUUUCAAGGGCAACGUAACAUAACUUCCCGAGACGUUGGCUCUCCCAAAUCAUGCUAUUGAUGACCUUAUUCCUGCGGGACCGCUGCACAUCACUUUACUAGUAAGGGUGCGUUCUUCUCGCGGUGGGAGAGCCACUUUCGAUC